AUGGACCCAACCGAAGAGGAGCUCAACAACAUGGAGACCAUUGACGACGUGGCAGACUGGGCCGGUCUUGAGGGCCCUUUGAAAGAGGGUCUCCUCAAAGAUCUUGGCACCCCGACGAAACUCAGGGACAUUGCGUUCAUCACACGCCCGGUGUGGGACGCAGCACUUGUCCUCCUGAGGGUGGAGACAGCACCAGUCAACGCAGGCGACCCACCAGGUCAACGUGAGCCCACACCAGUGGAGGGCUCGAGGCUGGAAAUCUUUCGACGGGUGGUGAUGCUCCGGAUGCAGAUGACUCCCGACACACCGGGGGAUCCGGGUAUACAACGCCCUGGGGUUGCUACAACUCCGGCACAACCCCCUUCCAGUUCACAAGGCUCCCCAACAAGGAAGAUCAAGCUGUCAGUGGUCAUUGACCCGACUCUGGACUCAGAGGUGGUCCAGUUGGAACAGACCGCCGUCAGUGCAAUGUACGCCAAGUACAAAAGCAAGUUCGGUGAUCACCCAUCGCCGGAAGUUGAGCCGAGCAUCGACCAAUUGUCGGCUUUGGCACAACUGCUGAAGGCGAACGCUACGCCGUACGCGGACAUGUCACUGUGGGGUCCACACGGGCUCAGAACGCUGCGCAAAGCGGUGUUCAAGAGCUACGUGUUGAACGCGGCAUCGGGGGAAUGGAGCAAGAAAGAAGCCCCUGGCCCGGAGAGCAUCGUCGCCUGGGAAAAGUGUUUCAAAACAUACAAGGUGGCAAUGGUGCUGUUGGAGGCGGCGGACCCCGAGAGGCUCGAGGCCUACAUGGAGCACGUCAAGGAGUUCCACAACCGCUUCGGGCCAGCAUGCUGGGGGAUCAUAUACCGUGCAGACACCCGCAUGCGGUCCGAGUACAUGGAAAGAAUCCGGCGGGCGCUGGACGACGAGCCACGGCAUGGGUAUACACCCGCCAACCCUUGGGCUGCCAUCUUCGCGGAAGCGGUCCGGGAACAGGACUUCCGGACAAGGGAAGUGGUGACCCCAAGCACACUGCUCUUGGCCCGCAACAAGUCCAUAGCCUGUGGGCUGAGCUCGGACUCCUCGAUCGAGUCGGCCCCAGAUCGGCCCUCGCCAAAGAGGAAGAAGUCCUCGAGCCCGAAGCUCAAGAAGAAGAAGGCAAAGAAGAAGUACACGGGAGUGGGACGACAACAACAAGGUGCAAAGCGCCCCAGGCGCAAGAAACAGCCUGAGUCGGAUCCCAGCGCACCGCCCGUAAAGAAAGGGCGCAAAGAAGAAAGCCCCGAGGAGAGGGCUUCUGCAUCCUCUUCAGGGGUGAAGUUGGUUCCAAGAAACCAGAGACCGUCCAGGUCACCACUGCAAAGAAAGCGAAGGCCAGUGCAGGCUGCACCGCAUCAGCAGGGGCCAAGCCAGCUGCCUAAGCCGCCAAGCUGGCACCCGUACCGGUACGGGGCGACAAACGUCCCGCCAGAGCAGUGGGACCACAGGCCCAGGGCACUGCUGCUGUUCAGCGGCAAGUCCAGGGAAGGCGACAUCGCCAGCUAUCUUGCCGCAGGAGGAUGGAUAGUGGUGGUCGUCGACAUUGUGGGCCCCACUACAUGCGAUGUUCUGGACUCCGAAAAUUACAGGCUCAUUCUGAAAGAAGUUCAGGAUGGCGUAUUCGACUGCGUGGGUAUUGCCACGCCUUGCGAGACGCUGUCACCUCUCAGGGAGAAUCCCCCAGGCCCCAAGCCAUUGAGGGACCUGGCUCAUCCUGAGGGUCUCGGCCGUAAGAAGCUUUCAAAGGCCGAGCAACAGCAGCUUGCACAAGCAAAUCAGAUGUUCGAGCUGUCUGCGGAGUCGGUCAAGUAUCAGCUCAGGGCUCAUCGGUCGUUCUGGCUGGAGAAUCCUGACCAUGGAUCCAAGCUUGACUUCUGGAAAACGAAGUGGGGCAUCGGCAUCGAGAAGCAUGCUCUGGUGCUCAAGGCGGCCUUCGACCAAUGUAUGUUCGAUGCAGAGGUCACCAAACCGACCAAGCUUGCCCACUUCGACAUGGACCUCACCGAGUUGAGAGGCAUCAGGUGCACACAUCAAAACCGCACCUGGACCAAGCCCGACGGCUCAGAGUACAAGGCCAAGCACGAAAGCCUUGUGCAGAGGUGGCGCACCGACGAGGGGGGCAACAAAGAAAGGGCGUCCAAGGCAUUGGGAGCAUACCCACCGAGGCUCUGCAAAAUAAUCGCAGAAGCCAUGAUGGGUGCAGACCAGCCUAGGGCCAAACGGCUCAGAGAAAUGAAAGCUGAGGCCAUAAAUGAACUCCUCCUGAACGCAGCCACCCAUCCAGAAGCAGUGCGCAUUACAAAGGCUCUUCUGGGGGGGCAGAAAACCGAGCCCUUCGACAAAGCGUUCGUCGAGAAACUCAGAGAGCUGGUGGUGGGCUUGCUGGCUCCGGCCGGCGUCCAACUACCUCAGAAGAGCACGAGGGCGUCAACGCCUAUCUCGGCGGAAGUGCUUUGGGCCUGGGGCGAAUUCACAGGGGAUCCCGAUGCCAAGCUGCUGGCCACCUGGCUGAGAGAAGGAGCCCCGCUGGGCUACUCACAACCGAUACCCUGCACAGGGGUAUUCCCCAGGGUCAUAGGACCACAUUGGGAAGAGGAAGCGGCGAGCCAGCUGGCCAGGCAAUACGAGGGAUGGAAGAAUCACCCAUCAGCUGACGAAUGGCAUGAAGACCUCGUCAUACUAGUUGCAGAGGCCCAAGCAAAAGGUUUUAUUUCCCUGUUCGACACCAUGGAGGAGGCCGCAAUGUACCUCGGCCGUUGGCCGGUACUCAAUAAGCUUGGCCUCAUCGUGAAAAUGAAGGGUGACAAGAGAAAGGCCCGACUCAUUUGGGACCUACGUGAAUCAGGGGUAAACGGACUAUGUUCUCAGGGCGAGAGAAUCAUAUUGCCCAGGCUAACCGAUGCAGCAGCAGAUGCAGUCGCUAUCCUCAGAGCCGGGGGCACACCAGUAUUCUUCGCGAUAGACAUUGAGAACGCAUUCCACAAUGUUCCGGCAGGGGAUGACAAAGCGUUCACAGCCGCUGCCAUUGAAGUGAGCGGCCAACAGAAAGUACUGGUGUAUGACGUGCUCGUCUUCGGAGCAGUCUCGUCACCGACUCUCUGGGGGCGCUUCGCAUCGUGGCUGGGCAGAACGUUGGCGGCCGUCAACCCUGCAGUGGCAUGCCAGAUCUACGUCGACGACCCCAUCAUGGUCUUCGACUCCAGCAACCCGAAGGGGGACAAACAAAUCACGGUCAGCAUCCUCUGGGCGGCCGUGGCGGGUUUCCCGAUUAAAAUGGAGAAGACAGAGUCAGGUCAUUCAGUGAAAUGGAUCGGCGCAGAGAUGCGCAUACUACAGGAGGACAGGGCGGUUUCCAUAACCAUUCCGGCCGACAAGGUCUCGGAGGUUGUGGAACGCAUCACAAAAAUUAUGGUUAUGGCGAGACCGGUAGUGGGCAAGAAACAAUUGCAAUCGCUAGCCGGAGCACUGUCAUUCUUCGCAAGCGUCGUCCCGUUGAUGCGCCCGUUCCUGGGAGGCAUCUGGGCGGUGUUGGCGACUGAUGAUGGCCCUUCCAGGGCCAGAAAGCUCGUUCACACCAAACGGAUUGCCCACUCCAUGGAAUGGAUCCUCGCACUAUUGGAAGAGUCGACUGUACCGUUCACUCGAGUGGUGAGGUCAGUCAAACCUAACUCAGGUGCCAUAAUUAUAACCGAUGCCUCGACUUGGGGCAUGGGCGGAGUGCUACUCAUGGGAGGGGCGGCCAUCGAGUAUUUCAGCUGCCCCAUUCCCUUUCAGUUCACAGUGAAGACAGGAGCCAUUCCCGGAAUACCAAAACACAUGGCACUCUGGGAGGCUCUCUGCCUGCUCUUGGCGGUGGUUGCCAGGGAAAUAGCACUCGACCAGGCCAAGGAGAGAUACGAGGUCACCAUACUGCAGCACAUCAACACCAAGCUCAACAUCACAGCCGACCCGUUGAGCAGGCAGCACGACCCAGUGCCGCCUCCUUUUCCUCAAGAUCGCCUCGGGGAAGCCAAACGGAUUCCCAUCGAGGUAGGUCCCGACUUUUGGCAAAUCCGUGAACUCGGACGCGGAAAAAGUACGGCGGUUUACCUGAGGACGGGAAGGGGGGAGGCUUUUGGGCCAGCUACCGCUCACGACGAGCCCAAGAAGCCUAAGGGGUUCAGGCCCUUGGCGGAAGGGCCAGUCAUAUCGUCCCGCGCUCCCAUUGCCGAUGGUAUUGACAACAAGGCGGAAAAAUCCGAGGACCGCCAAGUUAAACCAUAUGGCAGGGGAUCCCUGGAGCUAGCCGUGCAGGCAGCCAGCUCCGGACCCCGGGAGUGCAUGGAGCACAUUGCCAAGCGGGCCCGUGCGGCAAACUCCCAUGGGCCAACAUUGUCUAGGGAGCGCACCUGGGAAUCCGUAGCAAAGGCAGCCGGGUACGAUCGCGCUUUUGAUCUUGUCCCCGACUUGAUAUAUUCUGUCAUGGGGGCCCUGGACAAGGCAGGGUACAGGUCAGCCGAAUUGUACCUUGAACGGGGCAGAGGGCCAGCAAAGCAAGCUCAACCCUUGCCAUUGGCCGAUGUUUCCACUCUCACCGACGUAAGCAAUCCGCUCGCGCCAGGGGGCCCGGAAUGGGCCGUCCGGUCAACGUUGCUUGCGUCCUGGUGGUUGUUGAGGGAGAUUGAAGCCAGCAACACGCUGCUGGCGCAUGUGCAAGUGGAUCCUAGAGAAAAGUUAAUAAAAUGGAAUCUGCCGUCCAGUAAAGCAGACUGGCGCGCGUUGGGCGCCACUCGCACCCACACAUGCUCCUGCGCGGAGCAAGGAAGCCCAGCACUCUGUCCAUACCAUCUCAUGGUGGAACAAGUGAAAUGGGCCAAAGCAAAAAGGCAUUCGUUCCUCUUCUGUACAGAAACCGGCGCUCAGACGACCAAGUCAGGCUGGGCCGGCACUUUUGAGGCGAUUGCCCAAAAGCUGAAGCUGAAAUUGGUCGGCCCCACGGGGCUUCGACUAUUCACAGGCCACUCAGCUAGGGCCACAGGAGCCGUACACAUGGCUCGCACCCAAAUCGAACUUUGGAGAAUCCAAUUGUUUGGUCGUUGGGGAUCUGAAAUAUUUAAACAAUAUGUAAGAGACGCUCCCCUCGAACAGCUCCAUGGAUUGGCCCAAGAGGUUUCGCUCAAAGCAUCCCUAGCAUCAGCAAGGGCUGAGCUAUCAGCCAUUCUGGCGGCCACCAAAGAAGCCACGGCAGCCGCAACUGGCCUUGCCCACCAGCCGGUUGAAGCCUUGGCUGACUGCGAGGCGGCAGCAAUCAUCGAACCUCCGGCACCAGAACCACCGGAGAAUGAUGUCCUUUUUGUUAGAAACCGCUCUUCGAGAGGCAAAGUACACCUGGCGGCACGCCACGGAAACACCUUGCCACAUUACUUGUGGCGUACAAAGUGCUUUUGGCAUUUUGCCCGUGGCCAAGCCGACUAUGCCCUUCUCAAAGAAGAGCCUAACGGAGCAAAAUGCUCCAAAUGUUUCAAGCUCCCUUCAAAUAAUGAAAGCGACGGGAGCUCUUCUUCCUCUUCCCGGUCGCAGUCGUCAGAGUCGUAA